AAGUGAACAGUGACCAUGAACAAUUUACACGUUAGAGGUUUUAUUGUUGUUAUGAAUACGUUUAUUAACAUAAUGGAACCCAAAAUAUCACUAAUUUAACUGCACAGCACCACAUACGUACCUCAUCUAGUGUUUAAUGUGCGUUGAAGACAGGACUUGGUUGAUGGAUGCUAUCUAUGUAACGCGAACUAGUUGCUAAGUAACGUUACGCUAGCUAACAAUGGCUAACUGUAUGGUUUUUCACACACAAAUAGCAUCCAUCAUGGAGGUGCUAGCGAACGCAGCUGUGGUAGAGAUCUGUAAACUCGUAGAUGACGACUAUGCAGUGUUUCGUUUGGAAAUGACUCAAAGCCAGAAAGAAAACAGGUCAUUGCAUAGGAAACUACAGCUACUGGAACUGAAGGUGGCACGGGAGCGCGCCGUUGCUAGGCCCAGUAGUGUCAAGAUCCUUGACCGACACAGAAUAAUGGCAAGAGGUGAAAGAUAUCUCACUGGAGGCCACAAGAGCUGUGUGAAGCCAGCGGGACACAAUACAUGCAGAGAUGACCAACCAAUCACUGUUGAUGAGGGGAGUGGAACCUCAAUCCAGAACGUUAUCGUGAUAGAGUCUACAGAGGCUGCAGGUCCUGGGGUCAAGCAGGAGAGGUCUGAAGGAAAGCAGGACCCAUGGCACAGUAGAGACAUCCAGAAUGGAGUGGCUGGAGCGCCCCCUGUAGCCACAGAAAACCCCACCACUACGCAGUCCAGGACCCGACACAGCAUCAAGGAGGAGGAGGAGGGUCCAGAGGUGCUGCUGGUGAAGGAGGAGGGGUGUGAGGAGAGCGGGGAACCCUGAGGGGACCAUGGUCAUGGAGGACAACCAGACUACACCUCCUCCUGAACCCACAGAGGAACCAGCUGAGCAGCACAGGACCACACACAGUCUCAAUGAGUCAGUAGACAUGGAGGAUGGGAAGCCUGAUCUGCUGCUGGUCAAACAGGAGAUGAUAGAAGACGGACCAGAGAGCAUUGAUCUGCUGAGUGGACUAAAGAUGGGGGAG